AUGACUUACUUUUUCCUGGGUAACCUCUCCUUCCUGGAGAUCGGCUACACAACCAACAUAUUCCCCUGUAUGUUAGCCAGCUUCUUUGAUGAGGCAAAUUCGAUCUCUUUCAGUGCCGGUAUGGCCCAAUUUUAUCUGUUUGGUUCCUUGGGUGGCUCUGAGUGUCUCCUCCUGUCCAUGAUGUCGUACGACCGGUAUCUAGCCAUAUGCAAUCCUCUCCACUAUGCAGAUGUUCUGAGCGGACAGGUGUCCCUUUGCCUGGCAGCUGCCUCCUGGAUUGGUGGCUUUUUGAUCACCUUGGUAACCAUUCUGUUCAUGGUGACCUUAACAUUCUGUGGCCGCAAUGAAAUAGAUCAUUUCUUCUGUGAUUUCACCCCACUCCUGAAGCUGUCCUGUUCAGAUACUUACCUCUUCAAAAAGGUCUCUUUCUUCUUGUCUUCCACUCUGACGCUGGUCCCUUUUCUGUUAACCAUGGUGUCCUAUAUUUAUAUCCUAUCUGCCAUCCUCAACCGCCUUUCCACUGCCGGGUCACAAAAGGCCAUUUCCACUUGCUCAUCUCACCUUAUAGUAGUCAUCACCUUCUACGGGACUCUGAUUGCUAUGUACGUGGUACCAGCCGCUGAUCACUCCCUAGAUCUGAAUAAAGUCUUCUCCAUCUUCUAUAACAUGGUGACCCCCAUGGUGAAUCCCCUCAGCAUAGCCUGA